CAACCAUAAAGCUUUGAAAGGAAACGUCAAACUGGACAGGUCGGUGUCCUCGGAGGACGGCUCUCCUCCACUUCCACAAAGUAACCCUCCAGACGUUAUAGAAAAAAUAAGUCUUCAUAGCUAUGCAGGAAAUGAUAGUGAAAAUUCUGAAGUAAAACAAAUGGCCUCUGAAAGUUUUGUGAGCGUUGAUAAAAACCCAGGUUGUCCAAGGACGGCAGUUGCUUACUAUGGUCCUAUCUACGCCAGCAAUAAUACCCUCAUUUUACCAACACAGUCAUCACAACUGCCCUUCGAUCAUUUUGGAAAGCAAGAAACUCUGUCAGAUAAGGAUACCUCAAGCAACUCGUCUGGUUCGUCUACGUCAUCAAACCAUGAACACAAGGUUGCGCUCGAGAAUCAAAUUUCCGAAAAAGAAAAUGACAAUGUAACUGAAAAUGUAAUAUCUGAAAAGGUAGGCUUAACCGAAAACACUCCAAACCGAAGUACUGCAAUUGAACCACAAAAUAUAUGUACACCAACUGGUUCAAAGCAUGAAAAUUCACGCAGCAUUAAUGCAGAAAUUCACCAGGUGCUGAAGACCUUAGAUAACGCCAUAUUGGGUGUUUCCGCGGAUACUACGGAGCAGGAGACUUUAAAACACCGCGGUCAUCAUGUCGUGGUGGCCAUCGACUUUGGUACCACAUACAGUGGGUAUGCCUACAGUUUUACAAGAGACCCGUCCCAUGUCCAUUUAAUGAGGAAAUGGGAGGGCGGGGACCCAGGGGUCAUCAACGAGAAGACCCCCACCAGCAUCCUCCUGACUCCAGAGGGUCAUUUUCACUCCUUUGGCUACAGCGCUAGGGAUAACUACCAUGACCUUGGCAAAGAGGAGGCAAAAACGUGGAUGUAUUUUGAAAAGUUCAAGAUGAUCCUCCAUAACACGCCAGAAUUAAGCAAGGAUACAUUACUUAAAGCCUCUAAUGGAAGACUUUAUCCAGCAAUGGCUGUAUUUGCCCUGGCUCUGAAGUUCUUCAGGGACCACGCCCUACAAGAACUAAGUGACCAAUCAGGAAUGAAGAUUCUCAAUGAAGACGUGCGAUGGGUCAUCAGUGUACCCGCAAUAUGGAGAGCUUCGGCAAAACAAUUUACCAGACAGGCUGCUUACGAGGGUGGUUUGGUUUCCUCUCAAUGUCCGGAGCAGCUGAUCAUUGCUUUAGAACCCGAAGUUGCUUCUGUCUACUGUAGAACGUUAAAAAUGUACCAGCUUGUUCCGGAAAUAAACGAAGAGCGCCCUCUUCAGUCACCAAAAUUUGCCUCUGUUGAGCCAAUGAAUAUGAAUCCUGCUUGUGAGGAUUUGAAAGAAGGCAGCCGUUACAUGGUUGUAGAUUGUGGAGGGGGGACUGUAGAUAUAACUGUACAACAAGUAGAUGAAGACCAGAAGCUGGUAGAGUUAUACAAAGCCUCAGGUGGCCCUUAUGGGUCAGUAGGUAUCGAUUUGGAAUUUGAGAACGUUCUUGGUAGGAUAUUUGGUAAAAACUUCAUGGAGAAUUAUCGUCAGAAGUGUCCUGCUGGAUGGGUCGAUUUGAUGAUUGCUUUUGAGUCCAGAAAACGCUCAGCCAGCCCGCACAAGUUAUCUCCUCUUAACGUGGCCCUUCCGUUUUCAUUUAUCGAUUACUGCAAGAAGCACAAGCUAAUUAGUAUGGAGCACAUCAUUAAAAAAUAUGGAGAUAAAGAUAUUCAAUGGUCACGUCUGGGCAUGCUCCGUCUGACACCGGAAGCGAUGAGGAGACUAUUCCUUCCAACAAUAAAUAAAAUCAAACAGGCUGUUGGGGAUGUGCUUAACGCCAGAGGAACUAGGGAUCUAAAGUAUAUGUUCCUAGUCGGAGGUUUUGCUGAAUCAGCAAUUUUACAAGACGGAAUCAGAAAAGAAUUCGGUUCACUGUUAAAAGUGAUCAUCCCUCAAGGGGUGGGGCUAACGAUUCUGAAAGGCUCUGUGCUGUUUGGAUUGGAUCCUACUGUGGUCCACGUUAGGAAAUCGCGGGUGACGUAUGGACUGGGUGUUCUGAACACGUUCAGACCAAACCUACAUCCCGUGGAAAAGAAAAUGGUCAAAGGCGAUACAGAAUGGUGCAUGGAUAUUUUUGAUAAAUUUGUUCUCGAAGACCAGCCUGUGGCUUUGGGCGAUGUAAUAUUGAGGAGUUAUAGGCCAGCCUGUCAAAAUCAGAAGAAAAUACAGAUUAAUAUAUACUCUGCAGAGAAUCCAGACACUACAUUUAUCACGGAUACGGGAGUUCAGAAAUGCGGCAUUCUUUCCUUGGAUUUGGAGGAAGAUUCUGUGUCCGAGUUAUCUAGGAGGGAAAUUCAAACCAGGAUGGUGUUUGGAGAAACGGAGAUCCGUGUUAGUGCCCUGGAUGUGUGUACAGGCCAUCGUGUCCAGGCGGUUAUUGACUUUCUGAAUUACUGAAUUAUCAUCCCUCAACUACACAAUCUCAAACGAAACUACUUGGUAAUUACACAUUCAAAUUGACAUGGCUUAUUAAAGGAUAUAUAGCCAUGGAUAUAUAGCCAUUGUGUUCAUGAAGAUGUGUGCAAAGAAAGAGAUCAUGACUUCGACAUAAUUUCAAUGCCAUGCUUAACUCUUACUAGUAUUUCAAAUAGUUCUACCUCAAAAAAGUUCUUUGACUGCUUAAUUGGCUGCAUUAGAUAGACGAUGUGGAACAGAUUGUUUUAAGUCUGGCCGUCUAAAUAUGAAAUUACAUGUAAACGUGAACUUUAAGAAAAAGACUUGAAAAUACGUAGUCGAACACGAUAAUUAAAGGUG